AUGCAGUGGUUGGAGCUCGGCGGUCGGCACAUCGACACAGCACACGAUUAUGGAACUGAGCCGGACGUGGGAAAGGCGAUUCGUUUGUCCAAUGUUCCCCGCAAGGAGAUUUUCAUAACCACGAAGAUCCCUGGGCCCAUCGGCAGGGACGCCGUAAAGACUUUGGUGCUGAAUGAAACCUUGCCGAAGCUGGGAACCGAAUAUGUGGACCUCCUCUUGAUCCACACACCCUGCCUGGAGCGCAGCGACUUCCCCAACAAGUGCGGCUCGAAGCUUCGUGCAGAGCGCCUGGACACCUACCGCGGCCUUAUGGAGCUCCGUGCCGCCGGGAAGAUCCGCGCCAUCGGCGAAACUCGCUCGCAACUGAGGGUGACGGUGCGAAAGAAGCUGGCUGCCUGCACAACACUAGCAGUGGAGUGGCACUUGGCUUAUCACAACGAGACCUUGCGGCAACGCAUGGAGUCUUCGUCCGUGCGCCUUGAAGCCUGGGCGUCUUUGGCAGGUCCUACGGGGCAAGGGGCGCUACAACAUGAGCACAGCUCAGCUGGAACUGCGCUGGGAAACUCUGCGCGGCGUCGUCCCCGUGACCGCCACUUGCUCCCGGGAGCACGCGGCACCCUGGCAGAUUCGGAGGGAUGGAUUCAUCGAAAGGCAAGAUGGGGCGAGGAAGGCCGAAGAAAGACACCGAAGGCGAGAGGACGCUAA